UGGACUCCGGCCUUGAUCUGUUGAUCAUGCUAAAUAUGUGCUUUGGCGAACCGGCUGCGCACCCAUGCCUGAACGGUGAGAGGCACGGUGAUGUAGAAUUGUAGAUCAUGCAACUGUUUACACUCCCAGCAAAAAAUAUCUAAGAUUUCCUCGAUUUUGUGCCCGUUUUACCCUUCACAUGGUGGCAUAUCGGUCCGUCCUCGUCGUGGUGUUAUCCAAAUCUGACCAAGUUGUCGGCCUUGUGCAAAUCCGCAACGACAACAAAGUGGGGAGGUCCAUCCCGCUCUCACUCGCACCCGGGGAAGGCUGCACCCUCACGUACGGCCCCGCCCAGCCCAGCCACCGGCAAAACCGGAGCCACACCAGCGCGGCCGCGACACACCAUCAGUCGGCAUUUGCUUUCUUGCCUCCUCAGUUCAUCAGCACCGCAACGCCAGCAGAGGGCGGGGCUCGCGCGGCUGCACAGUGCACAGCACACGCCGGCGGAGUGGAGGUGGAGGCGAGCUAGCUGGUGGCGAUGGGGAUCCACCUGCUGGCGUUCGCGGGGGCGAGGAUCUUCGUGCAGGUGUUCCAGGUCUCGGCGCCGCUGCUGUGGCCGCUCAACCUCUGGCUUCCUCUCGCGCGCCGCCUGCCCGAGGCCUGCGCCGUCGCCCGCGCCGCGCUCGCCGCCCACGUCGCCUGGCUGCGCCGGGCAUGCCGUCCCGGCGCCCCCGUCUGGAGCCGCCGCGACGACGGGGUCUACCGCCGGGCGGUGCUCGACGUCGCCUACUACUGAGACGCUGGAACCGUUUGAGACCUGGAGGCAGUAGCAGUGUUAAUAAUUUUCUCAAGUAAAGCAGAGUAGAGUUUACGGAGGUACAGGUGAUCUGUUCAUCCGCGCUUCUCAUGAGGAAUUUUGGUGACGAUGAAUACAGUGGAAUGCUAGCUGCCACCGGUGACUUCCAGAUCGGUUACGAUGCUUCCCUGUGCAUUUUUAUCCAUACAAUUGGGAUAUGAUGAAGACCGGCAUUAUAAAAGCGGUAACACUAUUUUUUUCAGACCAGUCAAAUGCCAGAAGGAAUGACCACCAUCACUAUUGUGUUGAUUCACAACUUAGAACACCAAGCUAGAAUUAUUGCGGUAAAAUAGUGACUAGGAGGAUAUAAAAGGGCCAUAUGGAAUUAAGAUUUCCCAUAUUUAGCCAAAUCAAGGAAUUUUUAAAAUAACGACAAAGUUUGUAUUCCAAAAUUAGUCUCGUUGAUUUAGAAUAAUUUUGUACUUAUUUUACUUUAAAUCAGUGACACUUAUUUUCGAA